AAAGAAGUGACGAAAUUAAAAUAAACAUUUUGUACGGCCCAAGAAGUGUCAGGAUAUCAUCAAAAUCGCUCCAAGACAUAAUAACAAUUAGAGAUGGUGCUCCACUAGGUCCGUACAACUGCUCAGCUGACUGUAAUCCGCCUUGUACCGUACAGUGGAAAUAUAAACGUCCGGAAGGAGAUAUGAAAAAUGUUACACCCUAUGGGAAUUCACCAUUACCUUUACCAGAUCUAAACGCAUACCAGACUCUGUCAAGCAUCACAGAAGGCCAUACUCUCAAUAUUUCGUGUUUUGUGGAAGGCAAUCCCACCCCCACAAUAAAGCUCAGCAGAGUCUUGAAAGGGCAUAUCAAUGAACAACAAGAAAAGUACUGGCUGAACUACACUAUAGCAAAAGCUCAAUGUUCUGACACCGGCACCUACAGAUGUACAGGAAACACAUCAUUUGAAAGUAAACAUGAGGAAUUGACUGUAAAUGUGACGUAUGAAAAAUCUGGUGGGAUUAUUGAAAAACUGAAACUUGGUGAGGGUAACUUGAGAUAUCAUGACCUAGGACCUUUAACUCCAGGACUUGAGUACUUGUACCAGUUAGAGAGUUGUAACAGAAUUAAUUGUUCUUUGAGCCCGAGAGAAGUUAAAGUCAUAGUUAAAGCUCCGCCGAUCUCGUCCUCCUCUCUGUUUGGAGAUAAUACCAUGCUGAUUUUGGUUGGAGCGUCUGCGGCUGGUUUUCUCCUCGUUGUGGUUCUGACAUUGGCGGUGACGAUGUAUUGUAAAACAACUAAAAAGUCAGCUACGAAGAAAGAAACAGGCAGGAAGGACUCAGUGGAUGUAAGCUGA